CACAAAUCAAUGUAGGUAUAAUAUUAAUAUGUAUUAAAAUUCCAUCAAGUCUAACAGUUUUGUGGAAUAAUAAUAGUCGAAAUCUUAAUGUUUUACAUUAAAACUUUUCAACAUGAAUAAGUUGAGCAUUAGGGCCGUUCUAGGAUAUACUUUGGCCUUAACUACCCUCCUCACAGUAAUAAUUCUAUCUCUCUACCAUGUUUUAACAGGAAAGGGUGAAAGAAUAAGUGUGGGAUGGUUUCUUGCAAAUACUUCGCCACAUAUGUGGUGUUGUCUUGGUAUAGGACUGUCAGUCUCCCUAUCAAUUGUAGGAGCAGCUGUAGGUAUACAUACUACAGGUGUGAGCAUCGUUGGAGGUGGUGUCAAGGCACCGAGAAUUAAAACCAAAAAUUUGGUUUCUGUAAUUUUUUGUGAAGCUGUUGCUAUUUAUGGAUUGAUCAUUGCUAUUGUCUUAUCUGGAUAUAUGGAAGAGUUCACUUACAGCAAAGUUACCAAAGAUCAAUUUUUAUUUUCAAAAAACUGGCUUGGAGGAUAUCUGAUGUUUGGGUCAGGUAUAACAGUCGGAAUGGUGAACCUAUUCUGUGGUAUGGCAGUAGGUAUAGUAGGUUCAGGAGCAGCUCUAGCAGACGCGGCAGAUUCUUCCUUAUUCAUGAAAAUUCUAGUCAUAGAAAUCUUCGGCAGUGCCAUUGGCCUAUUUGGACUGAUCGUGGGUAUCUACAUGGUUUCCAAAGUCCAGAUGGGUGAUAAGAUUCAUUAAAUAAAUCUCAGUAUGCUUUGUUUGUAUAGAUUUGGAUGUAUAAAAGGAGUCUUUGAGAUUUUGAGCAAUUCUGAAAAUUCUAAAAGUGUAGAUACAUUGCUAUAAAUUUUGAAUCAGUUCAUUAUGCAGCAUAGUAACAUUGUAAUGUACUAAAUUUUGUGUUUCAGUAAAUUGGAAAAGGUCUAGAUCAUCUAUGAUCACUUGUAAAUUAGUUAAGUAAUGUACUUGGUUAGAUACUAUUCGUUUCGAAUUUAGAAUCACAAAAUUUCAAUAAUAAUCAGAUAGGAAUCAAAUUUGUAUAUAUAUAUAUAUAAUUUACAUACCGAUGCACGUCAUCGGCGUCAUAGCCCGUGACGUCACAUGAUACCAACACGAAAUAUUUAGGCGAUAGGUGUGUUCUUUUUUAGAAUCACUUUGUCGAGUACACUAGCAUUACAGCCACUAGACAUAUUUUAUUAUAUACGCGUAGAAAUAAUAUUUAAAAAUUUCUAUUGAUGUUAACUUAAAGAAAUACACCAUAAUAUGUUUCAUUUAAUUUGUAUAAAUGCAUUAUAAAGCGUUUUUAUGAAGAACGUUUGUUUGAACACACUGUAACUGUAAUCGAACAAAGGUGAAAUUUUGGCGUAAAACUUAUUUGACAGUUGCGGUGUUGACACUUUUUGUACUUUAAUAUUUUGAAUUUUAAAGUGAAUGCCUCUUGUUUUAUAUUUUUACCUAUUUAAUAAAAUCUGUUCUUUUUAGAACAAAAUUAGUGCAUUUUAUUUCAAAAAUGUCACGUAAAAAUUUAAAUAGUCGUUUAAAGAGAUGGUAAUACUUUUGCAAUAAUUAUGUGAUCUAUUUGAUUUAAAAUGGAGUCAGGAUUCUUUUAUACUUUGGUAACUAUGUCAACUUCGAUCUCUGACGUAGAUAAUGACUUCCAUCAGUAUGUAAAUUAGAUGAAGUAUAUAUAUAUAUAUAU